AUGCUCAAAGGUUUGGCUGUUUGGAUGAGGUUUCAUCUGACCUUAACGCCCUCGUGCCACUUCGAGGCACGCGUUGCAGCUAUUUGCUUUUGCUGGUAUGUCGUCAGUUCCGCAAGCAGCAUCACGAAUAAAAUCCUGCUCCAGGUUUACUUAACGGUUUCGCAUUCGUAUUUUGGGAUUCGUUAUUGUUCCAAAAUAAUGUAUAAUUAUCCAUAUCCGACGACGUUGGCAUUAUCAAAUCUUAUGUGGGUGCCGAUAUAUUCUAUACCUUUGUUACGUUUGUGGGAAUGUAAGGUAGUAAAGCUGACGCCUUUGCAGUACAGAAAGUAUCUCACUCCGAUAUCAGCGGGAAAGGCUUUAGCUGUAGUAAGUGCGUACUUCAGUCUAUGGAAAGUGCCAGUGUCUUAUGCUCACACAGUGAAAGCAUCAAUGCCUUUAUUUGCUGUACUUCUCAGUAGAGUUUUUCUCAAAGAAAGGCAGAGCUAUCAGGUUUAUUUGUCACUACUGCCAAUUGUUGCCGGAGUCGUGGUAGCGUCCGCCACCGAGCUGUCUUUUUCUCUUUUUGGCAUGUUUUCGGCUCUUCUAUCCACCUUUACCUAUUCACUUCUGAAUAUUUUGGUCAAAAAACUUCUGAAGGAGUCAGAUAUACAUCCAAUUCGUUUGCUUGCAAUGAAUAGUCAGUUGGCGGCUAUAAUGGUGUUUCCAUUCUGGUUGUUUAAUGAUGCGUUCUCUAUGGCGCGAACGAUGGGAUCGGGUGUGGGUUCAGAAGUUUUUUGGGCUGUGUCUGUUUACUUUAUAAUGUAA